AUGCCGCCAAAUCUCCACACCUUCGUCUUCCUCAUCACCUCCAUCUCAUCUCUCAUCACAGUUUCCGGCUACGGCUCGACGGCCACCAUCGCCGCCGCAUUCGGCAAAAACGGAUUCUUCUGCGCCAUUGACGCAAGCGGGAAGCAACAAGUCAUCUGCUGGGACAGAGGAAACACCAACCGAUCGAUAAACCACUCUCCCGGAGAAAUCUCCGGCUAUUCUCCUCCGAUGUCUUCUCUCUCCGGCGGUGAAGGUUUUCUCUGCGCCAUUACGUCGAACACCUCGCGUGCCUUCUGCUGGAACCUCGAAGAUCCUUCUCAAAACCUCGUCCCUCGAGCUUUUCAGUACAAUUCCUACUCGCAGAUCGCUUCCGGUAACAACCAUGUCUGCGCUAUAAGUGGAUUAUACUAUUCGGGUCCUGAUUACGGACCCGUUCAUUGCUGGGAAUACACUGAAACCGGACUUCUUUGGAACUCGUCGUUUCACAAUCCUUACAUAGACAGUCUCAUGUUUCGUAAGAUCGUCUCCGGAGAUGGAUUCACUUGUGGUGUUACCAAAGACGAAGACUUGGUUUGCUGGGGACCGAAAUCGAACCGGUUGGGUAUCUCCAAAACCGAACAAGGAGGAUUCGAGGUUUUAGCUUCCGGGAGAAACUCUGUUUGUGGAGUCUCGAAAGCUUCAGGUCAACUUCAAUGCUUUGGAGACGAAACAGAGUUUGGAGAAAUACCAAACCGGUCCCGGUUUAUCUCUCUCUCAGCUGGCGCGAACCAUUACUGCGGUAUCAGAGAAGACGAUCAUGGUGUUGAGUGUUGGGGAAGAAACCUAAAUUCGUCAUCUUCAGCUCCUAAUACGUCAGGUUUUGUAGCGAUUUCGUCUUCUGAUUACACGACUUGCGGGAUUAGAGAGCUUGAUUUGGUUCUUGAUUGCUGGAGAGUCCAUGAUUCUUCUAAACCGGAUUAUAGUCCUCCAUUGGAGCUAUGCAGCCCCGGUUUGUGCUCUCCUCGCGGUAAUUGCGGUGAGGGCUCGUUUGCUUUCAACGCAAGUAUCUUGAAAGAAUCGGAACUCACGAGCCUUUGCUCGUUUCAUAACCUAAACAUUUGCUUACGCUGCGGGAUCGAUUGUUUGGACGGAUAUUUCUCUUCCAGCAGCUGCAAUCCGAACGCGGACAGAGUCUGCACGCCUUGCUCGCUGUGUCAGAGCAGUUCUUGCUACGGAAUCUGUAACAUCCCGGCGGCGAAAUCGCGUGCGCACGAGCAGAGAGAGGUGCGGAGGCUAGUGAUCAUCAUCGGUUGCUCUGUUUUGGGGUUCUUGGUGAUGCUGAUCGGUUUGUCUUUCAUUCCGAGGAUGACGAAAGGUAGCAAAAGAGAUGAGGAAGAGAGAAGCAAGAUGACUUGUUGCUUCUGUUUCGACAAGAACUCAGUCGAAGCUGAUCCUGAUCCUGUUCCGCAGUCGGUUCUUCUUCUCCCGACCGCGGUUUCUCUCGGAGAGACGAAGAUAUUCCGUCUCUCCGAGCUGAAAGACGCGACUCACGGUUUCAAAGAGUUCAACGAGCUCGGGAGAGGGAGCUUCGGGUUUGUCUACAAAGCUGUCUUCUCCGAUGGAUUACAAGUAGCGGUCAAAAGAGCGAACGCGGCAACGAUCAUCCACUCGAACAACCGAGGUUUCGAGUCCGAGCUGGAGAUUCUUUGCAAGAUCAGGCACAACAACAUAGUGAAUCUUUUAGGUUACUGCUCGGAGAUGGGUGAGCGGCUUUUGGUUUAUGAGUACAUGCCGCACGGUACGCUCCAUGAUCAUCUCCAUGGAGAUCUCUCUCAGCUGGAUUGGAGCAUGAGGUUGAAGAUCAUGUUGCAAGCCGCAAGAGGACUUGACUACUUACACAACGAAGUAGAUCCUCCGAUCAUUCACAGAGAUGUGAAAACGUCCAACAUCUUGCUGGACGGAGAGAUGUGUGCAAGAAUUGCUGAUUUUGGAUUGGUGAGUUCGAAUGAGAGGGAUUCGAGUAAAGGUGAUAGAGAAGGUGAUGUGUAUGACUUCGGUAUUGUUCUUCUUGAGAUACUGAGUGGUCGAAAAGCUAACGAUAGAGAGUGUGAUCCUCCCGGGAUCGGGGAAUGGGCGGUUCCGUUGAUCAGAAAAGGAAAAGCGGCGGCGAUUAUCGAUAGGAACAUUGGUUUGCCGAGAAAUGUAGAGCCUUUGCUUAAACUGGCUGAGUUAGCUGAGCUUGCUGUGAGGGAAAACGCAAACGAGCGACCAAGUAUCAGGAAUCUUCUCAGUUUUCUUGAUCUCAUUGUUAAGUCUGGACUCACGUUUUGA